AUGGCCGAAGCAUCCCGUUGGUUCACUUCCCCAAAAGCAUUAAAUGCACGUCAGAGUCGGUCGGCCAUCAAUAUUAAUGAACCGUCGCCGCCUUCCUCUUUCCCACCUUGCAACACCAAUUUUCCUCUAUACGUUUCCUUUUCACCACCAGUUCCUUCACCGUAUUGGCUCAAAACCUCGCCGAUGUAUUCAUUUCUUUCAUCUUUUUCUAAAGAACUGAUGGCAAAAAUUUUCAAGUUCGUUCCUCAGAAAGAAGGAAAAUCUACUUCUACCUCCCGUCUGGCCGGUGGUAAACCGUCGGCGCUUCACGAGAUCGUACCGAGCAAAUUUUCCUUAAAAGGGGACUUUAUAGUCGAGAACCCUCCCGACGUCGCCGGCCGUCGAGAGCAUGCAUCGAGCUAUAUAAGGUCAAUUGAGGAAAAACACCUCGAUGCUGUGAGGAGAGAGUGUAAAUGGGCAGAGAAGGUCAUUCUGCAAAUACCUUCUCGUGCGGAGGCAAGUGGGAAGCAAAACACCACGGUACACCACGGUGAGUUCUUCGAGAUGAGGCAGUCCCCUUUCAGGGAGGAAGCAGGAUCUUCGGUCCUAAAGCCAAAAGAGGAUAACAAGAGAAAAAGGUCCUCGAAGAACGAGGACACCCAAAGCCAAGCAGAGCCCACUCGGAGGCAUAAGAAAAGCGUCGUCAUCAACGUGGAUGUUGACUCGGUCCACCAGUUCAUGGACGAUGACGGUGACAAGAUGGAGGGUUCGACGCUAGUGACUCGGACCAGGAAAUCUUCCGAGGCUAUCAAGCCUGCUGAGAUCAGGGCCCCUAGAAUCGAGGAAGGAACUUUAAAAGAAAAGGGGGAUGAAGGCCCUGUAUCACCCGACGCGGUAACUGCUUCUCAAACUUCUGGAAAUACUCCAAAGGGAGCGAGCUUCGAAGCUCCUCUACCUAAACAGAGCACCUCGGGUGAUCUCCCCGAGGCCAUGACAGCAGGUCAACCCUCGUCGUUUCUGGCCUUCUCCGAGGAUACCAUUAGAGAUGCCCAGAACUUAAAGACGUCCGAGCUAGGCGGAGUCCCGAGUGAAAAUGCCCCUUCCAGGGCCUUCGAUAAAUUGAAGACCGAAUUGCGUCAUUGUGAAGUCGAAUUGCGUAGGACUUCGAAUGAGGAGAAAACCCUUAGGCUUCUCCUUGACAAAAAGGAGGAAGAAAUGAAGCAUCUUAGAUUGGAGUUGACCAAAGCUCGUGAAUACAAGAGUGAGUUAGAAAAUCAGGCAACCUCUGUUCUGAAAAAAUACGGGCUACCUCUCCCGUCUUCGGAGGCUAAUACUUCAAUAUCUCAGCUGCAGCAAAAGCUAGAUAUGAUUGGGCAGCACCGGGGCGAGGUCGAUCAUGUCCGAGCCGAGUGCAAUGAAUGGAAGGCAAAGAAGGAUGCCCUUGUUAUGGCUAAAAAUGAUGCACUGGCGAAGGCUGGCAGAAUAGCCGAUCUCGAGGCUGGUCUUGCGAAGGCCAAGGCCGAGGUUGUGGAAGUUAGGGCCGAGGCCAAAGAAACACAAGCCAAGGUCGAUAGGACGGUGGCCAUCUAUUUGAAGGAUGCUCCAGAUGCUCAGUUGGAGUUGAGGGAGGUUUCCGACCGAGAGAAAAGAAGAAAUGACUUUGCCCGACGCCGAUCCCGAAGGGAGACCCUCGAAGAGGUUCAUGCUAAGGGCUUUGAUCUUUCCGAGGAGAUAAAGCAAGCUAAGGUAGAUGAGGCUGAUUCCAAAUUUAUCCUUUCCUCCGACGAUGAUGAUGACGUCGAAGAUGAUGAUGAGGAGGAGGCUACCGAAGAAUCUACCCUUGGGGAAGAGGCUGGUCCCGGGGAAGCGACAGGAUCCGGGGGAAUGCCCCUCUGGAGCAGGUAG